UCUGUGUUGCCAUGGGAAUUCAAGGCCUAGCCAAACUAAUUGCUGACAUAGCCCCUGGCGCCAUCCGGGAGAACGACAUCAAGAGCUACUUUGGCCGCAAGGUGGCCAUCGAUGCAUCCAUGAGCAUCUAUCAGUUCCUGAUUGCUGUUCGCCAGGGGGGCGAUGUGCUGCAGAACGAGGAGGGCGAGACCACCAGCCACUUGAUGGGCAUGUUCUACCGCACCAUCCGCAUGAUGGAGAAUGGUAUUAAGCCUGUGUAUGUCUUCGAUGGCAAGCCGCCACAGCUCAAGUCGGGCGAGCUGGCCAAACGCAGUGAACGGCGGGCUGAAGCCGAGAAGCAGCUGCAGCAGGCCCAGGUGACGGGGGUGGAGGAGGAGGUGGAGAAAUACACCAAGCGCCUGGUGAAGGUCACCAAGCAGCACAAUGAUGAGUGUAAGCAGCUGCUGGGCCUCAUGGGCAUCCCGUACCUCGAAGCGCCCAGUGAGGCUGAGGCCAGCUGCGCCGCCCUGGUGAAGGCCGGCAAAGUCUACGCCGCCGCCACCGAGGACAUGGACUGCCUGACCUUCGGCAGCCCCGUGCUCAUGAGGCACCUGACCGCCAGUGAGGCCAAGAAGCUGCCUAUCCAAGAAUUCCACCUGAGCCGGAUUCUGCAGGAGCUGGGCCUGAACCAGGAGCAGUUUGUGGAUCUGUGCAUCCUACUGGGCAGUGACUACUGCGAGAGCAUUCGGGGCAUCGGGCCCAAGAGGGCUGUGGACCUUAUCCAGAAGCACAAGAGCAUCGAGGAGAUCGUGCGGCAGCUGGACCCCAAAAAGUACCCUGUGCCCGAAAAUUGGCUGCACAAAGAGGCCCAGCAGCUCUUCCUGGAGCCCGAGGUGCUGGACCCAGAGACCGUGGAGCUAAAGUGGAGUGAGCCCAAUGAGGAAGAGCUGGUCAAGUUCAUGUGUGGGGAAAAGCAGUUCUCAGAGGAGCGAAUCCGCAACGGGGUCAAGCGACUGAGCAAGAGCCGCCAGGGCAGCACCCAAGGCCGCCUGGACGAUUUCUUUAAGGUGACGGGCUCACUCUCUUCAGCUAAGCGCAAGCAGCCGGAACCCAAGGGAGCUGCUAAGAAGAAAGCCAAGACUGGGGCAGCAGGGAAGUUCAAAAAGGGGAAAUAAUGUAUUUUCCCCCGUUAUACCUCCGUGACCCCAGAAUACCUGACUUGUCCCCUCAAAAGCUAGAGCUAGAGCAGCCUCCAGGGCUGGGGAGAGAUCCCAUCGUCUCUCCAGCCCACCCUUUCUCUGUACUGCUUUUCCCUGCAAGACUUGAGCCAGUGGCAGGAGGGCCCCGCAGUGCUUUGCUGCUUGCUUUGCUCAGGAAGUGUGUC